UGAAAAUAUUUUUAAAAGUAAUUUGACUGAAUGACUAUUAUUUCAGCAUUAUGUAAGCAAUUACGUUUGAUUGGGUGAUAAUAAUCCUCAGUUUCCAAAUCAAUUUGAUUGCCUCUCAAUUUAACUGAAAAUUCAACUUUGAAUGCAUUUGUAAGGUUUUGAGAACCUUCAUUGUUGUUUCUUUUAUGUUUUGAUGUGACGUCACAAUAACUAAUUUUUCUUACUUUCCCAAGUUUAUACAAAUUACCCUCUAAACUUUAAUUUUCACUCUAACAUUUUAAAUAUAAGGAAAGUAUUAGUUGCGAAAACUUCUUAGAGGUCAUAGAUAUCGAUAUUCGUGUAACGUCAUUUAUUAACAGCACGUAAAAUGGAAGAAGAACUGAAAAGUUUGCAAUUGGAAUUCGAGUGGAUUUUGCAAAAAGAGGUUUUGUUAGUUCUUAAGCAACUUCAUGACAUUCUCGUGGAGUGUGCUCAUCGCUUCCCAGUGCCCUUAUAUGGAAAUGAUGGCAAGAAAGUCGAUAAGUUCGUUCUUACUUCAGCUCCCGAACAAUUAAAGGUCGUCGUAACAUUGACUGGUGACAGUAUUACUCACGCUGACAUCAGUUUUAAAGUUCAACGUCAACAAAAUGUGAUACAGCGUACGAGUAUAACUCAAGACUUUCCUUGGAAAAUUCAGCAAGUACAAGAUGCUGCCAAUCAUCUCCAACAAGCGAUUAAUCAUAUCGACAACGUCGAUUCGAACUACAACUUUAAAUCCUCGGAAGAAGUACUUCAUAUAUUAUCCAACAUUUUGGGUGCCUUGCAGCGAGGUCGAACAAGCUUAGUGGUACCGAAAAAGAAGCCGAUUGAUGAGUUAAUGAAAAGUCGUAACAUGAAGUCAUUAUCACCAAAUUUACCCGAAGAUCUUGCAUUGAGUUUCUACAUUCAAAGUCAUAAGUUAAUUUUUGCAACUUACCAAUUGACUAACAAUCAAGGGACGAUGAAAUUUGAGUCAACACAAGCGGAAUGUUCUGUUCCAUGGCUGAACGAAGUACUUGUUUUGUUCACCGUUGCGUUAACGUUAUGUCAGCAAUUGAAAGACAAGAUUUCAGUGUUUUCUCAAUACAAAGACUUCACAGUUGGAAACAACACAGCACUUUCAUACUAAUAAUGUGCAAUAAUAAUAAUAAUAAUAAUAAUAAUAAUAAUGAUGAUUGUUGUUGUUGUUUUAUGUUUUGUUUUUCUCUGUUCUUUGAAACGGAAUUUUCUCCUUCGUCUGUCACUCGCUAAAUCCUGCCUUAAUUGCUUAAAAAUUAAAUGGAUCGGGAUAAUAACAUAACAUUAAUUAGGUUUCAAUUUAAUUAAGUGGAUUUUUUUAUCUUAUAAAAAUCAUGGGCUGAGAAUGUGGCGAGAAAAACUUAUCUAGAAAAACAAAAGCAGUGAAAAGACAAAAUAAGAAUAAAUAAGUUUAAGUAGUGAAACUCUGAUAAGGAACGCUAAUAGUGUUAUAAUUAAGAUAGUUUAGAACAUGAAAAAAAGAAACAAACAAAUUCGCAUGCUACUUUCUCAAUUAUAUUGUUAAAAAAGGAUUUUUAGCGUUAGUUGUUGAAUGUGAGUAUAAUGUUACUAUUUGAUAAUAAAUAUGUUACUUAAAGUGCAUUACACAAUAAAGUUAAACUUUAUCUGUUUUAGUUUUAGACAAAUAUUUUCGAUUGUUUUCCCAACAUAAGUUGCCUCAUUUCUAUUCGAAGUUUACACGAAAUUUUUUAAAAUUUAUUUUAUUAAAAGUUUUCAUUUGAAGGUUACAGUCAAAGUUCUAGAUUUUGAGAAGCUUUAAAUAUUAUUUCUACAUUUAAUGUGAAAAGGAUACAAUUUGACACUUUA